UCGCUUUUGAGCUGGAAAGUUAAGGCCCGAAUUUUCACAGAGAGAAUCUUAUUGGUUGAUUUAAUUUUAACCUUUUUUGGUGUAACUUACCUAUAGGUUUACAUUAUUAUAAUUAUUACAAGCAUUUAUUAUUGGUAACAAUUUAAUGUUACCAGAGUGAUAAAUUAUCAGUGCAUAUAUAAGAAAAUAUAUUUAUAAUUUUAAAUUUUUUCAAAAUGACUCUCAAUUGUUCUAUUUUAAUUAUUGGAAGUGGUGGAAGAGAGCAUGCAAUUUGUUGGAAAUUAGCACAAUCUGAUCUGGUUCAAAACAUUUUUGUUGCUCCUGGAAAUAGUGGUAUUGCUAAAGAGAAUAAAACAACAAUAGUGCCCUUGGAUGUCACAAAUAAUAAGGUAACGACAGAAUGGUGUAUUCAAAAUAAAAUUAACAUGGUUGUUAUUGGACCAGAAAAUUUCUUGCAUCAAGGGCUCGCAGAUGAACUUGGUAAAUUUAACAUACCUUGUUUUGGUCCAUCAAAACUGGCUGCAAAAAUAGAAACAGACAAAUGUUGGUCAAAAGCAUUCAUGGAUCGCCAUGAUAUUCCGACAGCUUCUUGGAAAAGCUUCUCAGAUGCUGUUGAGGCAAAAAAUUUUGUGAAGGAAUCAUCGUCCAAUUCUCUGGUCAUUAAAGCUUCUGGUCUUGCUGCUGGUAAAGGUGUGGUUGUUGCUAAAAGUAAAGAUGAAGCUUACAGAGCGAUUGAAGAAAUUUUGGAAGACAAAAAAUUUGGAGCCGCUGGAAACAUGAUUAUAAUUGAAGAAGUACUGGAGGGUGAAGAAGUUUCAGCAUUAGCAUUUACAGACGGAAAAACUGUUGUUAUGAUGACUCCGGCUCAAGAUCAUAAGAGAAUAUUCAAUCAUGAUCAAGGCCCAAAUACCGGAGGAAUGGGAGCUUACUGCCCUUGUUCAUUUUUAACUAAAGAAGAUAAUGAAUUUGUUAUUACUAAUAUUUUGAAAAAAACUGUUGAUGGCAUGAGAACUGAAGGAAUACCAUUCGUUGGAGUUCUGUAUGCUGGUUUAAUGAUGACACAAAAUGGGCCUAAAGUUUUAGAAUUUAAUUGUCGAUUUGGUGAUCCUGAAACCCAAGUUAUUUUACCAUUGUUACAAUCCGAUUUAUAUGUUAUUAUGAAAUCAUGUUGUGAAGGAAAUUUAAAAGAAAGUUAUGUUUCAUGGAAAAAUAAUAUUUUUUCCACUGGAGUAAUCUUAGCGUCUAAGGGGUAUCCAGAAUACUCGUCUAAGGGACAAGUUAUUGAAGGUAUUGAAGAAAUACUUUGUAGAGAUGAUCAUUAUGUUUUUCAUAGCGGAACAAGCAUAUCAGAAUCACAACAAAUAUUGACAAAUGGUGGCAGAGUUUUAAUAGUAGUAGCUUUAGCACCUUCUCUAGCGUUAUCAGCUGCAAGGGCAACGGCAGCAGCUGGUAUUAUUAAUUUUGAUGGAAAACAAUACAGAACCGAUAUUGCUCAUAAGGGCAUAGCGAGAUCAAUAUUAGAGUACGGUACAAUGACCUAUAAAACUAGUGGAGUUGAUAUUGAAGCUGGAGAUACAUUUGUAACUAAUAUAAAGCCCGCUGUUUCAACUACUAUGAGAAGUGGAGUUAUUGGUAAUAUCGGAGGAUUUGGAAGCAUUUUUGAUAUCAAUGCUUUAGGUUUUCAGAGUCCGCUUCUAGUAUCCGGCACCGAUGGAGUUGGAACAAAACUCAAAAUAGCACUUGAAUAUAAAAAGCAUGAUACUGUUGGAAUAGAUUUAGUUGCUAUGUGUGUAAACGAUGUUCUAGCACAAGGAGCAGAACCUCUUUAUUUUCUUGAUUACUUUGCAUGCAGUAAAUUAGAAAUUGAUGUAGCUGAAAAAGUUAUAACUGGCAUAGCGGAAGGAUGUAAACAAGCUGGUUGCGCACUGGUAGGAGGAGAAACAGCAGAAAUGCCUGAUAUGUAUUCUGAUGGAGAAUAUGAUUUAGCUGGAUUCGCUGUAGGAGCCGUUGAAAAGUCUGAAUUAUUGCCAAAAAUUGAUAGCUUGAAAAGCGGUGAUAUUGUCAUAGGAAUACCUUCCAGUGGUAUUCACAGCAAUGGUUUUAGUUUGGUCAGAAAAAUUUUCAGCUCGACAAAUAUGAAAUUAACGGACUUGGCCCCUUUCUCGAAUACCAAGUUGACAUUCGGAGAAGAAUUCUUAAAACCAACCAAAAUUUACGUAAAAAAUGUGAUUCCUGCAAUGAAGCAAAAUUUAGUGAAAGGGUUUGCACAUAUUACUGGAGGAGGCUUGAGUGAAAAUAUUCCCAGAAUUUUACCAAAUGAUUUAGGAGUAAUAUUAAACGCAGAAAAAUGGAAUAUUUUGCCAGUCUUCAGCUGGUUAGCUAUGAUGGGAGGAAUUAGCAAGAAAGAAAUGCUCAAAACGUUCAAUUGCGGUAUUGGUGCAAUAAUUAUUUGUGCUCCUGAACAUCAAUCAAAAAUCAUGGAUAUAAUAAAGUCCGAAAAUCCAUCCGUAAUUGGACAUGUUUGCUCUUUGGAAGGAAGUUCUGAUAAAGUACGUGUAGAAAAUUUUGAAACUCAAAUAGAUCAUGAUAUGAGAAAGUACGUCAGUCCAAUAAUGAAACACUUGACAUCUUUAAAAAAAGUAGGAGUUUUGAUAUCUGGAAGUGGAACUAAUUUGCAAGCUUUGAUUGAUGCCACUAAAAAUGUAACGUACCAAAUGGGUGCUGAAAUUGUUUUAGUUAUUUCAAAUAAACCCGGUGUAAAAGGGUUGGAUAGAGCUCACAAUGCCGGAAUAAAAACAAAAGUUAUAAAACACGUUGAUUAUAAAGACAGAGAAGCUUUCGACAAGGCAAUGGAUACUGAGCUUGUACAACAAGGAGUUGAUAUUAUUUGCUUAGCUGGUUUUAUGCGAAUUCUUUCUCCUUGGUUUGUGAAAAAAUGGAGAGGGGCUAUUAUAAAUAUUCAUCCAUCAUUAUUACCUUCUUUUAAAGGAGCUAACGCUCACGAAGAAGUUCUUAAAUAUGGAGCUCGAGUAUCUGGAUGCACUGUGCAUUUUGUGAAUGAGGACAUUGAUUCUGGAGCUAUUAUUGAACAAGAAGCAGUUCCAGUUAUGCCUACAGAUACUAAAGUUACACUUGAAGAGCGUAUCAAAAAAGCAGAACAUAAAGUUUUUCCGAAAGCUUUAAAACUUUUAGCGACAAAUCAAAUCAAACUGAAAGACGAUAACACUAUUGAAUGGUUGAAUUUAUAAUAAAAGCAAUAAUUAUUAAUAAUAAUAAAUGUUUCUACUUUUUUAGUGAUUGAAUCACAUCAUGUAAUUAGAAUUUCGUUUUAUUACCGAUAUAAUAAAAUGUUCAAAUUUAAACUUCAA